AUGGCCACCAAGCAUAUUCCCUAUCGCCUAGAUAACAAGGUCGCUCUUGUGACUGGUUCUGGUCGGGGCAUAGGUGCCGCCAUAGCUACAGAGCUGGGCCGUCUGGGUGCGAAGGUCGUUGUCAACUAUGCGAACUCGGCAGAAUCGGCAGAUGAAGUAGUGGCCGAGAUUAAAAGCCUUGGCUCUGAUGCCGUUGCUUUCAAGGCCGAUGUCCGUCAAGUCCCCCAAACCGCAAAGCUCAUGGCCGACGCCGAAGAGUUUGACCGCGUCUUCAGCCUGAAUACCCGUGGGCAAUUUUUUGUCGCUCGAGAGGCGUAUAAAAAUCUCAAUGAGGGUGGACGUAUCAUCCUUACGUCUUCUAACACGUCCAAGGAUUUCAGUGUGCCCCGACACUCACUAUAUUCCGGGUCUAAAGGCGCAAUUGACUCUUUUGUCCGCAUUCUGUCUAAAGACUGUGGAGAGAGAAAGAUCACGGUCAAUGCUGUGGCCCCUGGUGGGACUGUCACUGACAUGUUCCAUGAUGUCUCUCAAUACUAUAUUCCCAAUGGGGAGAAGUACUCAGCGGAGGAACGUCAACAGAUGGCAGCACAUGCAUCCCCUCUAACCCGAAAUGGAUUUCCUAUUGAUGUAGCUCGGGUCGUUUGUUUCUUGGCCAGCGAUGAGGCGGAGUGGGUCAAUGGGAAGAUCCUGACCCUGGAUGGUGGAGCGGCCUGA